AAGAAAAACUCGACUCUUCCAAUCGAAACAACCGCAGGAUCUCUUUGUAGAAGCCGGGUAGGAUAAUCGUAGAAUCAUUGUGCUUUCUUGCAACCGGUUUGUAGUAUAUGAAUCAGUUCAGUGCGAAUUUUGCCACGGUUCGGACGCGCCAAAACCAUCCGCUGUUACCGAGUUGAACUCACAGAUUGUCGCCGAAUGCCGGUCGAAUCUCAAGCUGCAGCGGGUUUAUAGCGAUACUUGUGUUGGCGGUGUGUGACUAAUGCCAGUUGUAUCUGCAGGUUCCCUUGUCUACGGAAUUUUUGUGACGAUUGGUGAUAUUUCGAUAGUGGUAAUAGAGGGAGAUUUAUGCGUGUUGAUGAACUCUUCUGCUGUUGUAAAUUUAUGUUGAUAUAAGUCAUCUGAAUAGUUUUUAUGAACUACUUUAUCGCAAGCUUAAUUUAAAUUUUUUUUCGUUAUGUUAAACAAUCUUUGUGAGAGAGUGUAAUGCAGAUAAGACAGAACAUAUGUAUCGUUUUGUAGUGUAUAUUUUUAUUAUCGAAUGAAUGUCCAAUUAUUUUGUCUCUGUGUGUAAUCUUGGCGGGUUUCCUCAGCACUUAACGAUUGCAGAUGUUUUUGAAUUGCCCAUUGAAAAUAAUUUAUUGGGACACUUGAAUGAUCUUCCUUCUUCUGCUUCGUAUGCUGUCGUAAUUUGCAGAACGGUGCGUACUUGCUGAGAUUUGCAGAAAAACAAUGAAACAAGGAAUAGAAAUUUUGUCAUUGUGAAAUCUAUUAAGCACUUAGGGGAAGAUUCAUUGAUAAAGGUUACUUAGUAAAAUAUACUAUCGAAAAAAUUCAGAUUGCGAAAUGGUCAAGAUAAUAUGCCUGCUAGCAUUGUUGGCGCUUUCGGUGGAUUUGGCGUUUAGCUGGAGAUUCGACAGAUUGCCCAGACUGUAUGGAGACCGGCUCUCAAUGAAAGCGAUAUCACCACGGACGCGCAAAGUUCAGCGGAGGAUAGUCGUUCUACACAAUUUUUUCCGUACCAAAGUGGCACCACCAGCUUCCAAUAUGCUGAGUAUGAGGUGGCACCAUGUGGCAGCUCGAUCGGCACAAAAGUGGGCGGAUCAGUGCCGACUGUUAACCCACGACACUCCAAAGGGACGAUGGAUCGACAGUUACGGAGCUUGCGGACAGAACAUCUUUGUCUCUACCCAUAAAGUUCCCUGGCUGUUUGCACUUCGGACGUGGUUUUUGGAGCGGCAGAAUUUUACAUAUGGAUCACAUAAAAAUGAUUUGGUAGCAGUUGGACACUACACACAAAUGGUGUGGGCGGCCUCGCAUAAAGUUGGAUGCGGUCUAGCAAAGUGUGCUCGGGGUGGUCCAACAGGCAAACCUUAUUUCAACUAUGUUUGUAACUACUGUCCCAUUUGCUAUCGUGUCGUUCCAGCGGAAAUCACGAAGACAAGUUGGGUGUUCCCUAUAGGCGUGGCAAACCUUGCGGCUCGUGCCAGCAGCAAUGCCAAUCGAAAAAAAUCAGGUUAUGUACCAACACUUGUAAUUCGGCGGAUUUGUGGGCGAACUGUAGGGAGUUAUACAAAACUUGGCCUGGUUGGCUUUGUAACACGGUGACACCAGAAGGUCUGGAUCGACAGCGGAAUUGUAUGGCCACCUGUACCUGCCAGGGAAUGGUACAUGACUGACCCAUUGUUUGUUUAGUGAGAUACCGCUAUGACCAGCGGUGUUAUCACCGAAAUGUGCCAUAAAUAAAUGAUUGUUUAAGUGUAAUUUAUUUUAUCAAGAAUCUUCCACCACAGUAGCGGUUUUGCACCAAUGCAACUCCAUUCCGCUUCCCGAAAUCUUUCGAGGAGGAGUACCACAGUGCACAAUGCAAAUUCAUGCAACGUGACUAGAAUGACUGUGUUUAAUUUCAUUCAUGGUUUGAGCAGGCUUGAUUUGAAUGGUUGACGUACAACUUCAGGAGAGCUUUAGCAUGAAUGGCGCAUAGUUGCACUACGAUGUCUGCAAUCUAAGGUUGGACCACAUCAUGAAACGAAUAAGGUGAGUAAGUGGUGAUGCAGAAAAUAUCGUCAAUCAUUAUGAUAAACAGAGAUUUCUGUGUAUGUACCUACUUUCGAUUCACCCAUAGCGACGAGUCUUAUUUUAUCUGCUUAUGUAUUCUGUUCAGAAGCCGCUGAAUUUCUGGAAAUUUUUCUGGUAGGUUUGAUGGGAAUGUUUUGCUGUCAUUUGAUGUUUUACUUCGCGGUGCUUUUUCUCUGAAUGUUAUGUUACGACCAAAAGAAGCAUGAUGCUCCUAUAUACAUACUAAUUUACAUAAUUUACAAUUCGGCACCCGGUAAUCCCAAGCUGUGCUACUGGAAUGCUAACUACAAACGAUAAAGCACCUGACGCAGGGAAACAGUAUAUUAAUCGGUC